CUUGCUAAGCUGGUGACUCUAAAAUUAGCCUCGCCAGCUGUGUGGCGGCUGGUGGGAACACGUUAGUCCAGCUCUUCCCUGCUUCCUUCGGUACGGGGCUGUGAGUUAUAGCUUCUCUUCCACCUCCAGUUUUGCCCUACUGCUAAUGCUGGUUUGCUGGCCCAUCCCUCUGUAGCCGUGCAAGCUCUCGCCAGCGCAGCUGAGCCAGCUGUGCCAGUAUGGAGCAGUGAUUUAAAAUGCUGAUGAGUAUCUUACACACAGCUGUUGCCAGCUGUGGGGAAUUUGCUCCUGGAGCAUGGAGCAGUCCUCAGCGAGCAACCUGCGGUGUCGGGAGCGAGUUCCCGUCCUCGGGAUGGGGCUGGCCGGAGCGGGGCUCCGAGGGCAGAGCCCGUGCACAGCGGCUCGGGGGCAGAAAGGUUUCGCCACGGUGCUGAGCCGGGCGUCUGAGUGCUGUUUCGAAAGUCUCCUGCAAGCAGAUAGCAGAGAAAAGGUAUUAAACUGCCUCAGUGCAGAGCCUGCCUCCUAGGCACUGCUUUCCAGGGUCACGGAGCCCGGGGGCCCCUCGCCAGGACACCGCUGCGCUGCCCCUGCGAUGGGGUUACAACCGGGUUUGGGGCGGUUCCUCUCCUCCCUGCUCCGGUGGCACGGGGGCCGACAGCUGGUGCUUUUCAGCAGAUUCUUGCAGUAGCUCUUAGUCCUCAGAUGCUCUUAGGAAGCUUUAUUGUUUUUAUCCAGGCUCCUACACAUUUGUCCCAUUAUUGUUACCACGAUCCACUACUCUCUUUUUGGCUGACUUCAAAUGAGCCUUCCUGUAUCCGUCAACAGCUGCUGCGCGGCCGUGUCCCGUGGGAGGCCACCAUGGAUACGAUCAUUAUCUCACUUAGUUGUUCAGUGGGGUUUUUUUCGUUUUUUUUUUUUAACAGUUGAUUUAAUUUAUAUAUAUAUAUUGUGAGCAUUUCUCAGUCAUUUCCAGCAGGGAAAUGGGAAAAAAACCCACAACUUUUCCUGCACCUGGUAGACUUGAGAGCAGGAAGCUGGAAGAGCAGGAGGAAUGCAGGGAAUUUGGACGCUACAAACAGAUACUCCCUUGCUUGGUCUUCUAGCACAUUGUAGACACUGUUACUGGACCAGAGGUUUUCUCCUCGUCUGCAAUGGGGAGGAAACCAGGCAGACGAAACCUCGGGCAGAGUUUGGCCCUGCCAUCCAUUCGCUUUCUGCCUCUGGUGGUGGAAAGCAAACUUCAUCCUCUGAUGCGAGGCAGGAAGAGGAUUUUAAUGGGCUGUAAUUAAAACCAUAAGUGUUUCUUUAGGAGCUUUUUAAUGAGAUUCUGCAGAGCAGGAACAGAGGGUGCUGCAGCAGGAAGGGUGAGGGCAGAUGCUCUCCAGAGCACAGAUGGGAUCUCCCUUCGGAGGCUGCUCUCCUUGAAGUCCUGUGUGAGCGAGAUCUAACGUGAGAUCCAAGCUUCUGGUUUUGUGGGGUCAGCAUGAUUCUGAGACCCCAAAAAACGUGCUUUUUUUGUGCUAGAAUUUGACACUGCAGCAACUCCCAGAAGAGGCAGUUUGCCGUGGGUUUGGUGUUUUCCCUUGUGUUUUUGCUUCUUUGCUAGGUGUGAACCUUUCUCAUCUUUUCUUGCUGUUCCUGGGUUUUUUGUAACACCCUCCUCCAUAUUCCACCAGUGUCAGACUCAGAGGGGAAGGCAGCAGCCGAGGCAGCAGCUUGUGUCGGGCGGCUGCCAGAGGCCGCAUCUUUGCUCCAGGGGGGGAUUUGCUGGGAGGGCUGCGGCGCUCCAGCGCUGGGACGCGCGGACCCAUCGCUUCUCCUGGAGCUGAGAAGGACCCGGUCACUUGCUGCUUCUGACUCCUGUGAAGCAGUGACAAGCUGUUCUCAUUUUUCAAGCUUUCCCCCGCCCCCAUCUUUGCAUAAAUCCCCUUUUGACUUCUCUGUGCUCCGAUGGAGCUGAGUGCUUGGGGCUGCCUCUUCUUCGGGUGCCUGGAUUCGGCCUGGGAACGUUUGUGCUGCUGGAGGAUGGUUUAGCCGUUGCGGUAACGCAGCAGUGGCUGGUGUCAGCGCUGGUGCUGUCUUGCUCUAAGGGGCUGCUGCUGCUCCUGGAGAGAUCUUCAAUUUACAGGCCACAGGAUGAUGUCUCGGUUGUAUGUUUUCUGCCCGCUUUGCAGGCUCCAGAGGGGGCUUAGUAAUCAGCCCGGGUUCUCUCUCUGCUUUCACAGUAAAUCUGCAGUCACUCUGGGUGGCAAUUCGCUGGGCAAUGCAGGGGAUGGAGCAGGCAGGCUUGCUCCCGGGGGCCGCGGCGGCUCCGGGGAUGGGGCUCGGGGCACGGAGCGGCUGCUCCGUGGAGGCUGCCAUCGGCUGGGGCUGCUGCCGCAGGAAAUCAGAGCAGGGGUUUAGCGUUUGCAGCCCCUCUGUGCGACCCGCGGAGCUGCCUGCAGGGUCUCCAGAGGCUAACGAGAGCCUGCGGAGCACGCUAACGAGCUGCCCUUGUGCAGCCCUGGGUCCUGGGCUCAGAGGGACACAGCUUGUGCUGGCCCAAGGCUCUGGCACUUGUCAGCCCAUGUCGCUGUCUCUGUGCUCCACACCGAGUACAGAGGGUUAUCUUGGAUAUUUGUAUGGCGUCACAGAGGGGUGCUUCUGCAGUCUGGGGCUGGUUUAUACCAAUAAAUCGUGUGCGAUGCCUCCCAUCACUUUCCAGGACCUGCCGCUGAACAUCUACAUGGUCAUUUUUGGCACUGGCAUCUUUGUCUUCGUGCUCAGCCUCAUCUUCUGCUGCUAUUUCAUCAGCAAACUACGGCAUCAGGCUCAGAGCGAAAGAUUCGGAUACAAGGAGGUGGUGUUGAAAGCUGACGCCAGGAAGCUGAACAUGCACGGGCAGACCUGUGCCGUGUGCCUGGAGGACUUCAGAGCGCGAGAGGAGCUGGGCGUGCUGCCGUGCCAGCACGCCUUCCACCGAAAGUGCCUGGUGAAGUGGCUGGAGGUUCGCUGCGUCUGCCCCAUGUGCAACAAGGCCGUGGCGGGCGGCGCGGAGCCCCGCGCGGGCGGCGGGACCCUCCUGGACGAGCUGGUGUGAGGGUCUGCGCAGGACCACGGGGGGCUCUCCGGGCCCGGCCACCCGCGAAGGGCUCAGCAGCCCCGGGAGCUGAGCUGCCCUGCAGCCCCGAGGGCAGCCGGGAGUCAGCAGAUCGUCUCUAAGGUGCAGUUUGCGUUCGUUUAGGUGGGAUUUUUAACUCGGAGCUGGUUGUUUGGUUGGUUUUUCUUUUUCUUUUGUUCUUUUUCUUUUUUUUCCUUCUCAAGAUGUCCCUGGGCUCCCCCCCGGGGCAGCUCCAGGCAAGGGAACUGCUCCAGAGCUCCGGGUUUGCGCGGAAAGCAGAGCCGUGCCGUGGAGGCGUGGGGGGGGAGGGGGGGGCGCUGGGCCGCGGGCUCGUCCCCCGCGCUGCCCGGCUCCCUCCCGCUGCCCUGCACUGUACAUAGUAUUUUUGUAUGUAAUCUUCUCCAGACGUUCUCAGGCUUCCUACACACCCAGAAGGGUGGAGGAUGGACAGUUUUAUGUAAAAAAAUAAUUAAAUGGAAGAUUUCUCA